UUCAAUCGAAAAUUUGCGGAGAGAAUAUCAACUGAAAAAUGGCUGAAUCAAUACAGGAGAAUUGGCAAAAAGGCCUUUCUGGUGCAGAUGUACAAUUUGAGAAUUGGGAAAAACAGUACUCAUACGAAGAGAAGAGACUGAAAUCACUUAUUGACGGGGAAGGAUAUGGAAAUUGGGAAAAACAAAAUUGUUAUUGGGAAAUAGAACAUGGUUUGGUACCUUCAUUGGAGGCGGAAGAGAAAGAGAAGAGGGGAAAAACUUCUGAGAUCUCGUUGGAGGACCGAAGAGAAAAACUUGCCGCACAAGGAAGAUGCAUUGAUGGAUCCUAUCUAACUCCGUAUUGCAGGUGUGACAAAAAAAGCUGUCGAUUCGAUACAACUUUGGAGGAUUAUCCCCCAGAAUAUCUCCCAAUUUGGCUGGCAUACUGCCACCAGUAUCGCCAAUCGCAUUGUUUUGACAUUGAUGACUUUAUCAAUGGUAGAAUAGGUCCAUUAAACCCAUCUCAGAAUUUCAAUGGCAGAGUUGAGUUACUGAUGGAAUUAGCUAACCAUUCUAUCAAGGAUUAUAACGAGAAAGAGUGCAAUGUUUUCAAGUAUAAGGUGAUGAAGAUUGAGAAAGUGAAUUGUUGUGAGGCGACCUGUACAUAUUGGAUGACUGUCAAAGUAUCAAAUCUCACUCUUGGUUCGAUCGAAACUUUUCAAAUCCAUGCUGGUAUGCGUUGGGUCACUAAUGAUAAAAUCAUAUUUUGUUGCCGGCCUAAAGAAGAGGUCACUAUUGGUUUACGAAGCUGCGAGUUUUGCUUUGGCCUUCUUCCUGGGCAUGUCAGGGAAGGAAAGGAACCAUAGUUCUUUUUGAGAAAAAAUGUAUAAUUGAGUGACUUCUGAUAAAAGAAUUCACAGUUGAGUGACUUU